UCUGGUCACACUUGCUGUCACAGUACAAUUUUGUAUUGAAAAAUGAAAAAGGACCUAAGUACCUACCUACAUACCUACUUCAACAAAUUUUUUAUUCCUUUUUGCCGGGACAGGUUUUUAUUUCAUGGUAUAGGUUCAUCAAAGAUAUAAAUUGAAUAAAUAAAUAAGAAAUAUGUCUUUCGUUUUGCUAAGUUCAAUUGUUCUUGCAUUCUACACGGUUAUAUGGUUUUUUGAUUCAUUUUUCAAAAGUUGUAUGCACUAUCCAUAUUAUGCAUUUUUAGAAGGAACGGGCUUAAAAUUUGGAAUACUGAACUUUUCUUGGACGACAACUGCUUUUAACAGAUGCCUUUAUAGAUGGAGUAAGAAUUUGUCUCGAAUACUCAGAAAAUGGUUCACGUGCGGUUACAUUCUUGUAAUCUGGAUAUUCUUGCCUUUCGCUAUAUGGACUUUGCUCUCAUUUAUUUUUGAGCAUUUUUAUGAUACAAUACAGCUCAAUAAUGUACCAGAAGUCAAAGCAAUGCUCCCUGGUAUAAAUAUCCCGACAUCAGACUUUUGGAUUUAUUUUCUAGCUAUAGCAUUGAGCACUAUAUUCCAUGAACUAGGACAUGCUCUUGCAGCUGCUCAAGAGGAUGUUCAAAUAAUAGCAGUAGGAGUUUAUGUAUUUACUAUUAUACCAGUUGCAUUUGUAGACUUGAAUACUGAUCAAUUAAAGAAUCUUGCUGUCACCAAAAGAUUGAGGAUUUACUGUGCUGGAGUGUGGCAUAAUAUUGCAAUUGCAUUUAUGGCUAUCUUAUUAUUUUUCUCUGCUCCGAUACUGUUUAAUAUUGCAUAUGAAACGGGAACGGGUGUAAGAGUCACUGACCUUACAGAAGACUCACCAUUAAAGGACAGCAUAGGCUUGCACAAAGAUGAUGUAAUAACAUCAAUAAACAACUGUAAGAUCAAAGUUGCAAGUGAUUGGAUGCAAUGUUUGCAAUUAGCACAUCAGAGGUAUGGAAUUUGUACAAGUGCUGAAUUUGUUGCCCAAAAUGAUGAGAUCAUGAUGGAGAACAUAAAAGAGAAUGAUGUGGUAGAAUGUUGUAGACCAGAAGAAGCAUAUAAUCAUUGUUUUGAGUAUAUGGAGCCUAAAGUAGCAUCUGAUUCAGUUUUACCCGGACAAUACUCAUGCCUCAAACCCAGAGAUAUGGUGAAGAAUCAGUUUGUAAAAUGUACAGAAUCUGGAGGAUACUCUUGCCCAAGAGCCAUGCAUUGUAUGAGACCUUCACUAAAUAAUGUAUCCUACCUCCUAAUAAUUGAACGAAAGGAGAACAAUCCAGUUCUGUAUUUAGGGUUGCCGUAUGAUUUACACAAAACUGUAUUUGUCGACCAGUAUUUCCCCAGACUGAAAGUAUUUUCAUUUUUUUCCCCUUCUCGGUUUGAGAAGCUCCUUAGAUACAUAUUCAUAUUUUCUAUGGGUAUCGCAUUUUUGAACGUCUUACCAUGUUACAGUAUGGAUGGACACCAUAUAGCUCGUAACUUGAUACAAAUUUUAGCUAAAUAUUUAAAUAAAAAUGGUGAUUUUGUAACAUUCUUUACAGUAUUCACUGUAGUUAUAGGCACAGGUGUGACUGGGCCCAUUUUAAUAUAUUUGUUCUACAAAGCUGUAUAUGAAGAUAAUUAGCCUUAAGCCAUAAUGUAUUGUGAACUAAAUUACAUUAUAUGGUCAUACUUUUUAACCUUACUAUCACUCAAUGUUCUGUGAAAGAGCUUUACAGAGAAACGUGUAAGACUUUGAUGGCCAGGUGAAUUUUUAAAUUAGAUAUAAUCUGUACUGAUAUAUAUCUCUAUUAUAUCUGUAUAAUCUGAACUGUACACUCUGAUGUCAUACGACAACAAAACUGGCUAUGGCGUUGGUUAUCUCCGACAUGAGUUAUUGUGUCAGAGACAACCGUUUCAUUAAGUAUUUUUAAAGUACAGUAAGAUUUGUAUUUUGAGUUACACAUAUAAUAGCAGAUGCACAGGAUGACAUAUUUUGUGUGACUCAAAAAACCUGCCUUUGAUUGUGUUCACAUUGACUACUAAUACUGUUUCAUGAAACAACUAAAUUAAUGACAACCUCCUCCAGGCAUGUUGACAAUUGUCAUUACUGCACCCUCUUUAAACCAGAAUAAAUUACUGCUCUGCAGCAAAAAUAGGCAGGGCAGUGGUACCUUCUCAUGUAGUCUUACAAGACGGCAUCUUGUAAUAUAAAUUAUGCAUAUUAUAAUCUUUGUGGAUUUAACUAUAUUUAAUUGAAGUUAUUCCUUUACUGAAUUCAUUGAGAAAUGAAGGUGUGUUAACUAUGUGUGUACUAGUAAAAUUAGUACUUGUGAGAUUUGAGACUCAAUACAGUUGCAUAACUUGAUAUGAGUUCACCAGGCAUCUCAUUCUUUAGGUCAUAGCGACUAAUAUAAUAUUUUUAUUAUAAUUUCUACUGAAAAAGAAAAUCAUUAAUUGGUUAUUGUAAAAUUUCAUAUAUUAAAUUUAUUAUUUAAACAUUUCCAUACUAUUUAUUAUCUAUAUACAUAAUCGUCUUGUUAGAUCUAGUCUAAAUUAAUGAAAUGUUUCUGUUAGUGUUAUACAGUACUGUGAUAGUUUAUAAUUUUUAUAUGUUUCUGAAUGGUAUUAUCGAUUUAAUAUCACUAUAAUAUAAUGGUAGCAUUUGUGUCAUUACUUUGUUUGCACUUUUAUUUAGUCCAGUUUUUUAACUUUCUUUAGGGUGAAGAGUGUGUAUUUAGAACUGACAUGUAUUACUUAUUGUUUUUGAUGUUAUGAUGACUGCCUUUUUUUUCUAAAUGAAUAUUUAAGAUUACAAAUUAACUACUCACUUCCAUUAAACACUUGUUUGACCACUACGAUGAACUAAAUGGAUUUAAAUAUAAAAAAGUAACUUAACCCAUAUGACCACAAUUGAAAUAUCACUACUUGUUAUAAUGUAAAACUACAGAAAAUCUACAAACAGCCUAUCUUAAAUGAUGAUAUAUAUUUUGAUUUAUUGAAUUGUGUAGUUUAUAUUAGCUUUUACUUAAAGCAAGUGUAUGUUGCAAAUCCUUUAGUGUUUUUUUUCCAUAGUGCAACAUGAUUUUGAUUGUAGUUUCAUCUGUAUGAUGUUUAUUGUUCUUGAAGUCAGAUUGAGCCCAUUGCUUAAGUUCGAUUCUGGUCAGUUCAUCGGGCACGAGUCGUAUCGUACGGAAUAUGUCUCUAUAUAAUUUUAAUACUUCUUGACGCAGAAGAAACUGCAAAAGGAAUAAAUAUUAUGAAUGAAGAA